AUGGCUCACGGAAGUCCCAACGUUUUGCGUCCGAGUGAAGAAGCGGAGGGGAUAAGUCCACGAACAGCCAUUCGAAGAGCACGUCCUCGUUCGCUUCCUUCUGCCGGAUUGCUCCGCUUAGUUUGGAAACUUUCCCGUCUUUUUCCGUUGAAUGCAGUGCUUAAGCCAUCGUCUGUCGCCGUGUCGUCGUGUUGGAGAGAAGAUGCCAUGGUCCAGCCCAUCCAUGAAGCGAGGCAACCAGGACAGAAACAUAAGCAUAAACUUGGCCUACGGUUUCCCUCUAGUCCUCCAGCUUAUGGCGCGAUGGUACCACCGGCGUACCUUCCCGCGGAAAGCAAGAUGGCUGGUCUUGGCCCCCAUUUAGCAGGUCUAGCAGGUCACCCUUUUGUCGAGAGAGAACUGCCUGUGGUUGGCCCGGUUGGUAAAUUAGGGAGCCAUUUGCAUGACUACCACUAUUACUACUACCACUCUGCCUCCGAGAAAACGCCAUUUGUGGCCUGUGGCCCCAUUAGAGAUGCCCGUCUUGUAACGAUGAUCCCUGCUGGGACUGGACUGGCGACCUCAGGCUCAGGCCUCUGCCGUGCCAUUCCCGUCUGGGAAAGGCUGGCCUUCAAUCAUAGGUACGACACAGUCCACCAGUCCCUGGUCUUGAAACUUGGGAGAAAGUGGCUUCGCAUUCGACAGAAACCAAGAGGGCGGAUUCUCACAUACCAAAUCAGGUUUCAACUGCGCCAACGGAGUGCCUUAGUGGCCAUGGCAUCCUACAUUGUCAGAUCUCUCUGCUCGGUACCGACGUUGUCAGCUUCUUCGGAUGGCAUCAUUACCCCAAAUUCUGACCAUGCGCCUCAGCCGGCACCAUGGAGAGCCUCCCUUGCGUUGGGAUCAACCAACGCACGUUGCGGAGAUGAAUGCCAGCCAGCUGUCUUAUUGCUUGGACAAUCUGGCACCUCCCGAGGAACCCUCGAUUUCUACCGUCCAGUCAACGUAGCUGGUCACCGCCGAGAAGUGGACAUCGCUCCAAUCGUCAAGUCGAUUUUCGCCGGGGUAUCGCUGCAGUCUGCAUCUGCCAAGGGUCAUGGCGUCCGCCGUCAACGCCAAGACACCCUACCAGGUCCGGCCAAAGUAUGGGGGGCCAUACGGGCUCGGUACAUGUAUCACGGUAUUUGCAUCUGA